AGGGUGAACCAAGAUGGCGCCCAAUCUGGAUUGGGCUCAAUUAAUGAAAGUCGAUCCAGACUCGUUGCCGAGUCGAGAGAAACUGGCAGAUAAGUUGUUGGAUACAAUAUCCAAGGUUGAAGGAAAUGAAUUGACGGCAGAAGACCCAGAGAAGCUGAUUCAGCUUUUUCGGCUCACCCAGUCCUUAAUGAAGAUGAAAGCACAAGAGGUUGAGUUGGCUCUUGAAGAAGUUGAAAAAGCAGGGGAAGAACAAGCCAAGACAGAAAACCAGCUGAAAGCAAAAGUUCUUAAGCUAGAAAAUGAACUGGAGAUGGCUCAAGUGAGUGCUGGUGGGCGUGAUACCCGAUUCUUGCGAGAAGAACUUCGUCAAGUGGAAAACCAACUGCAGUUCAAAGACCGGGAGGUUUCAGAGAUGGAGAAAGAGCUAAACAAGGAAAAGAAAAUUGUUGAGCAAGUGGGAAUUCGAAUCAAGGAGAUAGAAAAUGAAAACAACAAACUAAGAAGAGAGAAUGAUCAACUACGCCAAGAUGUUGUUGACUAUCAGAAACAAAUAGAUUCUCAGCGGGAGACUCUCCUUAAUAGGAGAGGAGAUGAUUCAGACUGCAGAAUACAGCUGUCCAAAAAGAACAAGGAACUUGCACAAUAUUUGGAUGAAAUUCAGAAUUUGUCUGAAGCCAAUGAAAAGCUGGAGGCACAGAACAAACAGUUGCAACAAAAACUGGAAGAGUCCGUGCAAGAGAUGGACAAGAUGACUGAUGAAUACAACAAAAUGAAACUGAUCGUGCAGCAAUCUGACAGCGCUAUGGAUCAAUUCAAACGAGAAAAGGGGCAGCUGUUGCUUCAGGUGCAAGAUCUGGCCAACCAGCUGCAAGCCACAACUGAAGAAGAUGAUCCUGUGAUGUUGGCAGUAAAUGCAAAGAUUGAGGAAUGGAAGAAAGUAUUGUCUGCCAAGGAUAAAGAAAUCAGCGAGUAUCAACAGAAACUGCAAGAACUUCGAACUAAACUAGUAAUUGCUGAGUUUGAUAGUGAUAAGAGCAGCGUCAUUACUCUCCAACAGGUUCUGCAAGAACGUGACGAUCAAAUUAAGGCUCUGGUGGGACAAAUAGAACAGUACACCAAAGAAGCGAAUCAUAAUGUACAAAUCAUUGAAGACUUGAAAAUGCAGCUAGAGAAAGAAUCAAGUACCAGUCUACAUGAACUUUAUUGUAUAUAAUCUGAAGCAAAUAAAGUAACAUUCAAGCAAGGAA